AUGUCAAAGUUUUCAUGUGGUUAUUAUACAAUCGUGAGAGGUUCUGGUACACCUGGCUCAGCUGUCAUCACCGCAGAACUCUCUGGAAGAAACAACCAGCGUCAUAAUUUGAAGAGUAAUGUAGAGCUCAAGUUUGUGAAUCCUGUAACGGCAGAUCCACCUAAUCUCGUCCUAUGGAAUGAAGUCGUGGCAUUGGGCAAAGUUAGACUGAACCAUGGAUCUGGUUAUUUCCGAGUGCAUGAACUCCCAGGUGCACCUUUCGAAGCAUCUGUAAAAGAUAGCAUGGUCAUGGUCACUCCAAAAGCUCAAGGAGGCGGUUCACUUCGUAUAGAGGAUCUUUGCGUAAGUGGUGAUCCUCUCGAUAUCCCCGUUAAGAUCACUGACAUCCACUCACUUGUCAUUUAUGGACCGCAGUUUAUGGAAGUAGGAUCCGAAGCUGAGGUAUAUGUUGACGCAGUCGAUGAAGCCGGUAGUUCGUUCUCUAGAGAUCAUGGUGCACUUUCCAAUGCUGUUAUCGAAUCCGCUGAUCCUGCGGUGCACAUCACCAAGAUCUCUGGGUCGCGUUAUAAAGUUAAAGCUCUUUCCACGGGAGCCGUUUCACUGACGUCAUCAGCGAAAUCAACCUCUGGUAAAACCCUGAACGCUCGCCCCCAUACCAUACAAGUGUUUUCAUCGUUUACUCUCCAUCCGCAAAAGAUCACUGUCAUCCCGGAAAGCACUUUUCAGGUGAAAUCACCUCGUUAUAAUCAUUGA